AAAGUUUUGGAAAAAUCGUAAAACUAGCUAGUCAAGAACUGUCGUAAUCAGUUAUUUUCGAUAACCCGGAUAAGUUUCUGCGCAAAAAGAUAUAAUCUCCUUGUCUCUAUUCUCUUUCUAUGAAUAUCACAGUUAUUUUAAAAACUAAAUAACUUGAGAUUUGUGAUCUAAAAAUAAUUUUGGAGUAGCACACUUUGCAUCUCUCGCACGUUUUUUUCAACAUUCAACACCUCGUAAGUUGGAAAAGGCGGAGUUUUGUACUUUUCUCGUAAUCGGGGGUUUUAGUCUUUGAUUUGGGGAAAAUGGCCAAGUGGGGUGAAGGAGAUCCUCGUUGGAUUGUUGAGGAGAGACCUGACGCUACAAAUGUCAAUAACUGGCAUUGGACUGAGAAGAACGCCUGUGCAUGGUCGCAAGAAAAAAUAAAGGAAUUAUUUACAGACUUGAAAAUCGAAGGAGACGAUCUGAAAUGCAGUGUAACGAAAGUAGAAAAAUGUGAAGGAGAAGCUGUAGCUAAUAAUAGGAAAGGAAAAUUAAUUUUCUUUUACGACUGGAAUAUAGUACUAAAGUGGCAGUCGCCCGGAAAAGAGAAGAAAAUAGAGGGAAAAAUCAACAUUCCAAAUCUGUCAGAAGAAAACGACAUCUCUGAAGUUGAUGUUGAAAUAACGCUCAAAGACAGCACUGACGAAGGAGAAAAAGUCAAACACUUUUUGCAUACGAAAGGAAAAGAAGUUAUAAGAGAAAGACUCACAAAAUAUGUUUCUUCAUUAAAAGAAGAAUUCUCGAAAGGUAUGAUUCUUCCGAAAAAGGAUGAGGUUAAAGAAAAACUCUCAAAUAUAACAUCGGGCUUUAAUGCUAAGAUGCAGAUGAAUUCUACCGUAGUAUCGAACAAUAAGAGCGUCGGUUGUAAAAUUAGUUCCACGACGAUAAAACAACAGCAGAAAUUCCAGUGCCGGGCAGAAGAGUUUUACAACGUUUUUACGUCACCCGAGCUGGUGCAAGCUUUUACGAAAGGAGCGGUUAAGCUAGAACCUAAGAAGGAAGGAAAGUUUGAGUUGUUCGGCGGAAAUAUUCACGGAGAAUUUAUCGAACUUUCUCCAACGAAAAUAGUACAAAAGUGGAGGUGCAAACAGUGGCCGACGGGGCAUUUUAGCGAAGUAACUCUCGAUAUCUCGGAAAGGAAUGAUCACACUGAAGUCAACCUUACGCAAAGUGGCGUGCCAAAUAGUGAAGAAGACGCAACGAAAGAAAACUGGGAACGAUACUAUUGGAGCGCCAUCAAGCAAACUUUCGGUUUUGGAUGCUUCAUGUGAUUCUCUCUGUUACGUAUUUAUUUCUUAUCAAUAAGUAGAAAAAUCUCAAUGGAUUCACGCUUUGAUGAAUGCAGCAGAGAACCAGAGGAGCUGCAAUUUUUGCCUAAGCGAUUCGCUUUUCUCAACGGGUCUCUUACCUACUGCAUCGCCUAAGAAUAAUAAUUCAGUGACUUAAAAUAAUUGUCGUUUCGAGGUGACUUGUGCAUUCGACCAGAAAUCUAUCGCGAAUUAAUAAAUCAUGGUAAAAGCGGAUUUCAAAAUCACCUCGCAAUCUGAAAUCUAUUUCAUUCAAUUACACAGGCACACAAAAAAGUAAAAGUAAAAAAAGAGAUAUUUUUAGGGAUCUCUAGAUCCUAAUUUGGUAUCAGGUUCGGAUCCAGCGACCAAAAAAAAAAAAAAGAUAUUUUAAGGGUCGCUGGAUCCGAAUUUGGUAUCAGAUUCGGAUCCAGCGACCAAAAAAAACAUAGGUUAUGGUGGUCUAGUUCAUAGCACAUGACAAUUUUUUUGUGUGCCUGUGUUGUAAAAAGCAAUUCCACCUGUUUUAAAACGAAAACUAGACCAUGUAUUUCUUAUUUUCGCCUGAAUUUAACUCGAUCCUUUUUACAAUGGAUUUUUAUCGACUCAUGAUUUUGCACAAACAAUUAAUACUUCUUUCGUUCCUCUGCUCGUGAAUUUGCAUUAGAUUAUUAUAAUUUUGGGAGUUUUGCCAAAUAAAAAAAAAUAUAAUAAUAAAACGAAAGAUUUUGUAAGUUCAGAUCUUUGGGCGAAUUACGGAAUACCAAAGCGAAUGAGAAAAACGCUUGCGAACAACAAUUGAAAUAAAUUGUAAUCUGAUUUACAGAAUAAAUGUGAUUCUAGUUCGUUAAA